AUGGGGGAACCUAUAAAUUGGGCUGCUUCGGAGCCUCCUAAUCGCUAUGUACUUGCAUUCGGCACUAAUCACUGCUUGGUGGAACAAGACUACGAUCACGAUAUCUACGAAGAAUGUAGUUACAUCGGAAGCAGGACUUUGAUCAAAUGUAAGGCUGUGCGUAAGAAAACGGAUUUGAAAGAGAAUGGAGGAAUAUGUGAACUGCACAAGCCUUUUCAUGAAUCCAUAAAAAGUCGGCUCAGUUGUGAAGAUCGUCGCUUGAUGCAGGACCCCGGACAAGGGAAACCCAAAUAUAAUCCAGUUUUGAAUCAGGAUGGAGUGAUAUGUGAUGAGUAUCCUUGGCUGAUACCUAGCCACAAAUGGGAAUCUCCACUGAUCCGUACCGUCUUUGACGAUGCCCCAGAUGAUGACGCAAUUGCUCCUUUGAGGAAUGCUGGUGUUUUUACCGACAAAGACAUUUUGCGAAUGCGAAAAGCUUUGUUAGAAAGACGUAUUGCCUUGUUGAAACUUCAUGCUGAAAUGAUGACAGAGAGGGCCUGGCGACAAGCAAAUGAGCUUCUUAGCAAAAAUGGGAAAUGUUUGUUUUUUUGCAGUUAUUUGUCGUAA